AUGGAUGCGGGGUCGCAGACGUAUGUUCCCCCUGGAAUCUCACGACUUUGGCUGCUGUUGCCCUGCAUAUCCGAGCCUCCCGUCAGCAUCAGAGAAGAAAAGCUGCGGGGUAGGGUACUACUAUUAGCCACUGACUCAAGCUCAACAUAUCAGAUCUCCUACUCCGUCUUCAAUGACUCUAUGUCCUUCGCCAACCUAACUGUCCCCAUCCAAACCUUCGCCUCGGUAAAAUUCACCCCGCCUCCCGACAACGGCACUAUAACGCAGUUCCCACAUGACGGCGUCGCAGGCCUAGGAUCACCCAACAAAUCCGGACUCAACGCAACGACAUUCUUCCACCAGCUAUGCGACCAGGGCACGGUCAAAGAAUGUCGCUUCGGACUCGCCUUAAAAGGAGAUGGGACGGGGGUUCAAAUGCUUGGCGAAGUUGACGAAACUUUGUUUUCGGGGUCGUUAGCGAAAGCGACGAUCAAGGAGGAAUGGCUCGUGCAAGGGGAAGUACGCGUAGGGGGGCAGCUGGUAACAAAAGAUCAGUAUAUGCUCUUGGAUUCGGGGACAGCAAAUGUUGUUGGGCCAAUAGCCCAGGUUGCGAAGCUCUUCGAAACCGCGGGCAUCCAAGCUGUCAACCUCUCCCUCCCGGGCUGUAAGAAGGUGAUGACAGGCCAUUAUCCAUGCGAUAAGCCGCCAGCGAUUACUUUCGGUCUGAACACCGGCAGUAAAGAUGCCUUUGGCAUCGAGGCAGCUGCGUUCAAGCAGGCAGCGAACGGUGGAAACAACUGUACGGCCACCAUUACGGGCAUCGAUAAUUUCAGGAUCUGGGUAAUUGGUCAAAGUUGGUUCCGAGGAAAGUAUGUUGAUUUUGACGUUACAGGGAAGACGAUCGGGGUCGCAUAUUUGAAGGACAAGUAG